CCCAUAGAUUGUAGGAGAUCAUGGACUACUCCUACUAUAUUCGUGAUGAGAUGGAGAGCGAGGGCACUAUGACGUCAGAGAUACCUGAGCGAACAGCCAAUCAGGGCGUAAGGGGGUUCGCUGAAAUGAAAUGCUGCAACCCCGGGUGCAACUGGUCGUGGAGCACCCAUCGAGCUCAUGUCGUCAUUGACUUGAGGAGGCAGAGAGUUAAGAAGAUCUACAAACAGAAGUGUAAGAAAUGUGACCGUGAAAACGAGCCAAAGUUCCCUGAGCUUGUGUUCAGAGGGCUUGUCCUCAAAGCACUUGAACAGGAGAAGAAAUUUCGAAAUCCCAACUUUGGAAACGCGAACAUCGAUGAUGACGGAGAUGAUGGUGGUCGAAGAGGACCUCCUCACGAGAGUCGUUUAUGUGAAAAAUGUGAAUACGGCAGGAGCCAGUGUUGGACCAAGAAAUAUCGAUAAAAUGUUUCGGUGAAUACUUCAAAACGUGGACCUAUGGACACAAUUAACGCGAGCAUUUCUGUGAUCCAAUGAUAGUCAUCGUCGCCAUGUGAAAAGGCCCAAUAGUUUCCCCGGUCAAAUGGGAAUUAUUAUAUUAAUAAUCAUCGGUUGUUAGAUUUGGAAGUUAACAUUAAUUUUGUGCUAAUGUGUCUGGAUGUUAGUUUAUUGGUUUUAGUAAUGUGUCUCAUUGCGAAUUCAACUACAAGCGCUCCUGCUUAAAUUUAGGUCCUUGCUCUAAAGGCAAGAGGUUUCGAAAUAAGCGAUUAAAAAAGACAUAUUCGAAAACGUUUAUUUCUUGUCAGGUUGUACAUAACAAGACUAUACAAAAGUUUAGUAAUUUGAUGAAAAGUACUCGUUGAAUUUCUUUAUUCCAUUUUAAUGUUUAUGUGGCCCCAAAAUGAAGAAGUCGCAUUUCAUGUUAGGUAUUCGUAUGAAUUUUAUUUAUAGCAAAUGAGUUGUACCCGAGCCCCUCUUUGCCUCUUCCUCAGUUGCCCUUUCGUUUACAUUUCUGUCUUACCCCCCCCCUUCUCUCAAUAUUCCACCCCUUUAUUUCCCUCUCUUCUAACUCCCUCUCUUCUCACUCAAUCCCUCUCCUCUCUCUCCCCUCUUUCUCUCUGUUAUUCUCAGCCACUCUUAUACUGCCUCGGUCUCUCUCCCCCAGUUCCUCUUCCAAUUUAUUUUCUUCUUGUAAUUUGAAAGGUGUAUGCAUUUGUGAGAAUGCUGAAGAUUAUGUUCGCUAUUCAAAUGUGUCUUGAAUAUAUUUCCUACAAUGUUUUUCUUCUUUCUAAAAAUAAGAUCGUUCUUUGUUAAUAAUCAGCUGAUUCUGUUCAGAGACUACACGUAACUUUAACAAAGAGAAAGAUAAUGAGGAAUAUAAUUGGAUUAUAAAAUUUUAAUUGGCCUUUUUUCUUUUUGUUUUGUAUUUCAUUCAGGUUGGGAAGCUAAGUGCAAGAAAAGAACCACUUGCUUAUUGUCUAAAUGGUUUAUGAAAAUUGAAUUCAUAUGUAAUUGAGAUGGGUCGAAAUAAUUAUAACAGUUUAUGUAUAUAGUUUAUUUGAUGAAUGAAUAUAUUGGUGAAUAAAUGGUCAAUAAUGAACUUUGAACUCAACCAAAUGUCACUAAUGAUGCAAUUUAUAUAAGUGUUCUGUCA